UUUGUGUGGCCUGACAAACACAUAUGUUUGAAGGAGUUUACCCCAUUCUGUGCGUACUGCCUGUGUUGUUUAAAAUGGAAAGUAAGAUUGUAUUAGCUGACUGAUAUUUCCAGAGAGAACGAUAAACGGUGUCACAAUGGCUGACAAAACCGUAUCGUUCUUCAAAGGACAAAUACCGGCCCGUGCGACAGGACAAAUACACUGUACUUUUCACCGAGAGGAAAUGUACCAACUGUUUUGCAUUACCUGUCAAGAGCUGGCAUGUAUACAGUGCGUAUCAACCAUUCACAGACGUCACGAAAUCGACAAUUUAAAGGAUCUCACGCCACAGAAAAAAUCCGCCAUUCAAAAUUUUAUCGACACUUCAGAAAACGUACAACGCGAUGAAUUUAAGCGAAGUUUAGCGACUGUUGACAAAAAGUUGAAAGAAAAUGAAGACAAUUUCGAGAGACUUUCUGUUGCCACAGAAAUGCAGGGUAACAAACUGAAGCAAGCUAUUGAUGAUUUGACAAAAAAGAAAAUCUUACUGCUUCAGCAACUUAAAGAGGAAAAUGCGAAGCAGUUGACGGAUAGCAAAAUCGAUAUCUGCGGAAACAAACAAAAGUAUGCUGAUCUUCUAAAACAAUGCAAAGACACCGUUCAAGAAGGGUCCGAUAUACAGGUCCACGACGUUGAAACAGAAGUCAAAACAUAUUUCGUUCAACCGUCAGUACCCGCCCUUCAGGUUGUGACUUUCAAACCAAAUUCUGACCCUUUAUUGUCACUUGAACACGCAUUUGGUUCAGUAAAAAUAGGGGACAAGAAGAUAGAUGACAUAACACAGGGUUACUUUGGAUCACAAUCGCGCAAGAUAUUUGACUCAGUGACAAGGGCAACAAACACCGAAAUGGCUGAACAAAUAUUAAGGAGACCUUUGUCAGCGAGACCAAAGCAAAGGACACCGAAAAAGAAUCCUAUAAUGCCAAUAUCUCCGCAGGAUCAAUAUACAGAGAAAUACUACCAACCAACAAAGGUACUUGCAGAUUUUGUACCUUCUGAUCCCCUGUUAGAGCUGGAAAUCAUUGGUGAAGAAGCGUGGACAUGCUGUGGUGGAUGUUUGGAAUGUAUUACUCUCAUUAACAAAAAAGGUGAGAACAAACGACAAGUUCAUUUCAAACACUUUGUUAUGGGUAUAAGCGUGUCUCCCACUACUCGUAACGUUUGGGUUCAAAUAUAUAAUGGUCAAAUCGUGGAGGUGACUACAAAAGACACAAUUCAGAGGUUUACCACCGAUGCUAAUAUUUUGAACGCAAUCUGCGUUACACGGGAUGAACACAUUCUUCUUGGAAAGUCGGGACAGUUAGCAAAAUUGACAACAAACGGCAAAACCGUCCUCAAGACUGCUGAGCAAAAGCGUGGCCAUUCAUUGUGUGCGUCACCCUGUAGGAUGUCGGAAUGUAGGAUAAGUGGAAACAUAGCAAUGGUUGAUGGUGACCACGUCCUGGUUUUAGACAGCAAAUUGCAGCAAGUGUUCACGUACAAACGAGGCAUGUCGACACAUGAUCAAAGAUUGUCAGCGGAUAGAUUACACCCGGUGGAUGUUACCUACGAUUACACGGGAAGGCUUGUGGUAUGUCAUUCUGAUAUCAUUUAUAUCCUAAACAAUGAUGGAAAGUUCCUGAAGCAGUUGUUUUAUGAUGAGCAAUUUAAGAACUUACAGUGUAUUUGUAUAGACGAAAAAGGCACUCUUUGGCUAGGAGCGGAAAUACACAAAGUAAAAUUACUGCAAUACUUCUUAUAGAUCGACCAUCCUAGCUAAGGUACAAAGUGCCAAGGCAAUUAAUUUGUGGUGAAUUGCGUGUUUGAAUUACAUCAUACGAAUGGCAUCUGUUAAGAAUAUAGCAAAGACAUUAGCUUCCAUGAAUAUGAAGUGAAAUCAUUUCAAUAUACAUGUAGUAGCAAGCAUAUAGAAAAAAUCCUUUUCUCUUCAGCAAAAUAUCUUCGACAGGAAAUCUCGUCAAGAAUGUAUUAUUUCUAUUUUGACAAAAUGAAAAUAGUCCUGAUUUUAACACGGCGUCUUAAUUUGAAAACACCGCUUGCAAAAAUGCUUGAUUGAAAAAUACAGGAGUGUGUGUGUUGGAUAGUGAUUCUAUAUUAAGAUACUUAUUUCAAGACUACAUUGCUUUGGCGCCACGAACGGGUUAGGUGAACAUAAUAUGAGCAUGAACUGGUAGGCUUUUGACUGUCCAGGUGACAAGUGCGGCUGUGGAUUCUGAUAUGUGACCGCCAUGUAUGUAUUUGUGCCUGUUCAUUCAUUCAUAACUAUGUGUAAUUGAAUAUAUACGCUUUAACAUAACCUCAGAGCUAGAAUGUUAUUUCCCGAAAAACAGUUGGUUUUUUUUUUGGUUUUUUUUUUUUUUACUUUUAAAAGAAAUUCGUCUUAAGUGGAAAAUCAAAUUUUAAUUUUAAUUGAAGAGGUAUAGAAAAGAAAAACAGUAGUAAACAAUUGAUAUUAAAUUAAUCAAAUAAAUCUUUAUACAAGAGCAUUAUCUGGGGAUGAUCGUUUUUUGAAGAUACACAGUAUUGGCUCUAAUCCUGGUUCUGUAAACAAACAUGGCGUCUGGAAGAUGCCAGGUGGCUGGGUUUGGAAUUUAAAUUGCGUAUAUGUCAGCAAGGUAGUAUUGUACAAUGUCCACGUGAGGUCAGAUCAUCUUAUUUUGUCAACAUGUAUGCAGAAGAGUUGUUGUGUAGUCGCUCCACUUUUGUGUUAUGGUCAAUUCAAUAUCUUUUUGAGUAUUUAUCAAUGUAACAUCUUUCUGAGAAUUGGUCAAUGUAACCUCUUUUUGAGAAUUGGUCAAUGUAAUAACAUUUCUCUAUUAAACUUUGACAGACAUCUCAACUCUAGGCUAGCGAUAAUAUGUACCUGGAAUCGAUGUCUUUUGAUAAAUAA